AUGGGGGAGGCGUGUGCAGGGGAAGAGAACUGGGUAGACAGCCGGACCAUCUACGUGGGGCACAGGGAGCCCCCUCCUGGCACAGAGGCCUACAUCCCGCAGAGAUACCCGGACAACAGGAUAGUCUCCUCCAAGUACACAUUUUGGAACUUCAUACCCAAGAACUUGUUUGAACAAUUCAGAAGAAUAGCCAACUUUUAUUUCCUUAUCAUAUUUCUGGUACAGUUGAUCAUCGACACACCCACAAGUCCCGUCACGAGUGGACUUCCAUUGUUCUUCGUCAUUACUGUCACAGCUAUCAAACAGGGUUAUGAAGACUGGCUUCGCCAUAAAGCAGACAAUGCCAUGAACCAGUGUCCUGUGCAUUUCAUUCAGCAUGGCAAGCUUGUUCGAAAGCAAAGUCGAAAGCUAAGAGUUGGGGACAUCGUCAUGGUCAAGGAGAACGAGACCUUUCCCUGCGAUCUGAUCUUCCUUUCCAGCAGCCGGGGAGACGGGACAUGCCACGUCACGACCGCCAGCUUAGACGGAGAAUCAAGUCACAAAACGCACUAUGCAGUCCAGGACACCAAGGGGUUCCACACUGAGGAGGAGAUCGACGGGCUGCACGCCACUGUGGAAUGUGAGCAGCCCCAGCCCGAUCUGUACAAGUUUGUUGGUCGCAUAAAUGUUUACAAUGAUCUGAAUGACGCUGUGGUAAGGCCACUGGGAUCAGAGAACUUGCUUCUUAGAGGAGCCACACUCAAGAACACCGAGAAAAUCUUUGGUGUAGCUAUCUACACGGGCAUGGAAACCAAAAUGGCAUUGAAUUACCAGUCGAAAUCCCAGAAGCGAUCUGCUGUAGAAAAAUCCAUGAAUGUGUUCCUCAUCGUGUACCUCUGCAUCCUGAUCAGUAAAGCUUUGAUCAACACUGUGCUGAAGUAUGUGUGGCAGAGUGAACCAUUUCGAGAUGAGCCGUGGUAUAAUCAGAAAACCGAGUCAGAAAGACAGAGGAAUCUGUUCCUCAGGGCGUUCACCGACUUCCUCGCCUUCAUGGUCCUGUUCAACUACAUCAUCCCCGUGUCCAUGUACGUCACUGUCGAGAUGCAGAAGUUCCUGGGCUCCUACUUCAUCACCUGGGAUGAGGACAUGUUUGACGAGGACACCGGUGAGGGACCGCUGGUGAACACAUCCGACCUGAACGAGGAGCUGGGGCAGGUGGAGUACGUCUUCACAGACAAGACGGGCACCCUCACGGAGAACAACAUGGAGUUCAAGGAGUGCUGCAUUGAAGGCCACGUCUAUGUGCCCCACGUCGUCUGCAACGGGCAGGUCCUCCCUGACUCCUCGGGCAUUGACAUGAUCGAUUCCUCCCCUGGCGUCAGCAGCAGGGAACGUGAGGAGCUGUUUUUCCGGGCUCUCUGCCUCUGCCACACCGUCCAGGUGAAAGACAGUGAUAACGUGGAUGGCCCCAGGAUGUCACCUGACUCUGGGAAGUCCUGCGUGUACAUCUCGUCCUCUCCCGAUGAGGUGGCGCUGGUCGAGGGCGUGCAGAGACUGGGCUUUACAUAUCUGAGGCUCAAAGACAGUUACAUGGAGAUACUCAACAGGGACAGUGACAUCGAGAGGUUUGAAUUGCUGGAAAUUUUGAGCUUUGAUUCAGUAAGAAGAAGAAUGAGUGUAAUUGUAAAGUCUGCUACAGGCGAAAUUUAUCUGUUUUGCAAAGGAGCGGACUCAUCAAUAUUCCCCAGAGUGAUCGAAGGCAAAGUCGAUCAGAUCCGAUCCAGGGUGGAGCGGAACGCAGUGGAGGGGCUCCGAACUUUGUGUGUUGCCUACAAAAGGCUCAUCCCAGAAGAAUAUGAAGGCAUUUGCAAACUGCUGCAGGCUACCAAAGUGGCCCUCCAAGAUCGAGAAAAAAAAUUAGCAGAAGCCUAUGAGCAAAUAGAGAAAGAUCUUAUUCUGCUCGGUGCUACAGCUGUUGAGGACAGGCUCCAGGAGAAAGCCGCUGACACCAUCGAAGCACUACAGAAAGCCGGGAUCAAGGUUUGGGUUCUCACCGGAGACAAAAUGGAGACAGCUGCGGCCACCUGCUACGCCUGCAAGCUCUUCCGGAGGAACACACAGCUGCUCGAGCUGACCACCAAGAAGAUCGAGGAGCAGAGUUUGCACGAUGUGCUGUUCGAGCUGAGCAAGACUGUCCUCCGCUGCAGUGGGAGCCUGACCAGAGACAACUUCUCAGGACUUUCAGCAGACAUGCAGGACUACGGUUUAAUUAUUGAUGGAGCUGCACUGUCUCUAAUAAUGAAGCCCCGAGAAGACGGGAGUUCCAGCAACUACAGAGAGCUCUUCCUGGAAAUCUGCCGGAACUGCAGCGCGGUGCUGUGCUGCCGCAUGGCGCCCCUGCAGAAGGCCCAGAUCGUGAAAUUAAUCAAACUUUCGAAAGAGCAUCCUAUUACUUUAGCAAUCGGCGAUGGUGCGAACGAUGUCAGCAUGAUCCUGGAAGCCCACGUGGGCAUAGGUGUCAUUGGGAAGGAAGGCCGGCAGGCCGCCAGGAACAGUGACUAUGCAAUACCGAAGUUCAAGCAUUUAAAGAAGAUGCUGCUUGUUCACGGGCAUUUUUACUAUAUCAGGAUAUCUGAGCUUGUGCAAUACUUCUUUUACAAGAAUGUCUGCUUCAUUUUCCCUCAGUUUUUGUACCAGUUCUUCUGUGGGUUUUCACAACAGACUUUGUAUGAUACUGCGUAUCUGACGCUGUACAACAUCAGCUUCACCUCCCUCCCGAUCCUCCUGUACAGCCUGAUGGAGCAGCACGUUAGCAUAGACACGCUCAAGAGAGACCCAUCCCUGUACAGAGACAUCGCCAAGAACGCACUACUCCGCUGGCGAGUGUUCAUCUACUGGACAUGCUUAGGACUGUUUGAUGCUCUCGUAUUCUUCUUUGGUGCUUAUUUCAUGUUUGAAAAUACAACAGUGACCAACAACGGACAGAUAUUUGGAAACUGGACCUUUGGGAUGCUCGUGUUCACGGUGAUGGUGUUCACAGUCACGCUGAAGCUUGCAUUAGACACACACUACUGGACCUGGAUAAACCACUUUGUCAUCUGGGGCUCACUGCUAUUCUACAUCGUCUUUUCCCUGCUCUGGGGAGGAAUUAUCUGGCCAUUCCUCAACUACCAAAGGAUGUACUACGUGUUCAUACAGAUGCUGUCCAGCGGGCCUGCCUGGCUGGCCGUCGUGCUGCUGGUGACGGUCAGCCUCCUCCCUGACGUCCUCAAGAAAGUGCUGUGCAGGCAGCUGUGGCCAACGGCGACAGAGAGAGUCCAGAAGAGCUUGCAACACAAGGCACCGGUUAGUGCCACACCGAGCAGCGACGGGCCACUUCUGAAGGACCUCUUACCACGGCCGGGGUGCGACUAGCUCGACGCUAGGUAACGGUAUGGCCACUGCUGCGCUGGGUGCUCAGGCUGGUGUGCUGUGACUCUUUCAGACUGUUUUUCCUCCAAAGUUUUGCUGUGUUGUGCUG